AUCCCCACCAUUAUUAGGCACAACAGUAGUGGGCAACGGCUUGGGUUCGGGGACGGGAACGGGAACGGUCUCCGUACCGUGAUUCAGAAUGAGCGGCGGUGGGGAUGGCUGUGGGCAAAUGGCAAUCGGCCUGAAGCCUCCAGAGUGGUAAUAGUUGUUGUUGUUCAUGUAGACCGGGGAAGGAUGGAGCACAUUGGGCUGUGUAUGAGGAAGAGGGUAGCAGUAGUAGUAGAAGAAGAGUCGAUUAGGGUUGGGGAUUACAGCCGGGUGAUAGAAGAAGGCAUGGGAAUGAUCGCCGGCGGCGGUGGGUUUGAGAGGGAGAGGCGAAAUUUUGGCGUCGGUGUGGGUUUGGGUCUUGGUCGGAGGAGAGGGAAGAAGAGCGAGCGGCGUUGAGCGGCGAGGCGCCGGUGGGUUGUUAAAAGGCGGUGUGUUGGGGUUUAGAGCAGAAGAAGGGGUUUGGGGGUGGGAGUUUGGAAUUGGCGGCGACAUGGCGGUGGUCGGAGGUGGUGCGGGGGAGAGGGGAUGGGUUGGAGGAAGGGGAACACAGAGGUUUCAGCGGUACACCCAAUAAUGCCAUUGAUUGGGCUGUUGAAGACGCACGGGAAGUUGGUGCUGGUCGGUGCGCCGGAGAACCCGCUUGAGUUGCCGGUUUUCCCUCUGCUGAUGGGAAGGAAGAUUGUAGGGGGGAGCUGCAUUGGGGAAAUGAAGGAGACGCAAGAGAUGCUCGAUUUCGCGGCGAAGCACAACAUCACGGCGGAUAUCGAGGUUAUAUCGGCCGAUUAUGUGAACACGGCGAUUCAGCGCCGUGAGAAGGGUGAUGUUAAGUACCGAUUUGUGAUCGAUGUGGCCAAGACUCUCCAGCAAGGUUAAGUUUUUGUGUGUCAAUUUCUAAAAAUUUAAUUUU